GGUCAUUCCGAAGCACUCCCCUCUAAGGCCUUGUAUUGGGGUUAGGGAUUUUAGCGAAUCUCUUCUAUUUUCUUAUGGCUGCGGAACUCUCCCUCGGCUCGGCAGCGAGCAAACCCCAGACUGAGAAUGGGGUUUCUGAUUCUAUUUCAUCUGUAAUUCCUGGAUGGUUUUCUGAAAUUAGCCCAAUGUGGCCUGGAGAGGCUCACUCCUUGAAGGUGGAGAAGGUUUUGUUUCAAGGGAAGUCUGAUUAUCAGGACGUUUUGGUGUUUCAGUCAUCAACUUAUGGGAAAGUUCUGGUUUUGGAUGGGGUGAUUCAGCUUACAGAGAGAGAUGAAUGUGCUUAUCAAGAGAUGAUCACUCACCUUCCGCUUUGCUCAAUUCCAAAUCCCAAAAAGGUUCUAGUCAUUGGUGGAGGGGACGGCGGUGUGUUGCGAGAGGUGGCUCGUCAUUUAUCCGUUGAGCAGAUAGAUAUCUGUGAAAUCGACAAGAUGGUAGUUGACGUUUCCAAAGAAUUUUUCCCUCGUGUAGCUAUUGGGUACGAGGAUCCCCGUGUCACUCUUCAUGUUGGCGAUGGUGUUGCAUUUCUCAAGGCUGUUCCUGAAGGCACUUAUGAUGCAAUUAUAGUGGAUUCAUCUGAUCCUAUCGGGCCUGCACAAGAGCUUUUUGAGAAGCCAUUUUUUGCUUCAGUUGCCAAAGCUCUUCGACCAGGAGGUGUUGUGUGUACUCAGGCAGAGAGCAUCUGGCUUCACAUGCAUAUCAUUGAAGACAUUGUAACAAACUGCCGCCAGAUAUUCAAAGGCUCUGUCAACUAUGCAUGGACUACAGUUCCCACAUAUCCAAGCGGAGUGAUUGGGUUUAUGCUCUGCUCAACUGAGGGACCUACUGUCGAUUUCAAGCAUCCAGUAAACUCAGUCGAGGUGAACGGCAUUGACACCGCAAAGAGUCCGCUCAAGUUUUACAACUCGGAGAUUCAUGCAGCAGCUUUCUGUUUGCCAUCUUUUGCGAAGAAGAUUAUUGAUUCAAAAUGAACAUGAAAGCAUUCCCCCACAACCACAACAGCAUCGAAGAAUGAAGAAGCAGAAAUUUGCUGUGUUGGAGCACCAUCCUAUUUUCAUCCUCAACCAUGUAUGUAAUAAGUCAGAGACUUGAAUUAGAGUCAAAAUGGUCAGUUUUUAUUGUGAUCAAGGUCAUAAAGUUUCUUGAAAUUUUAUUACUAGUAGAAAUAGGUUUUGUUUUCCCCAACAAUUUUCCCCAUCUUUUGUUUUUUUUUCCUUCUUUUCUUUAAAUUUGUAAUGUGACCUCUGAUGUUCUUCUAGGUUGAAUAAAUAGGCUAAAUUAACAUAUUUAGCCCCCCUAUGUUUGGGUUCUC